UGCGGAAACUGAGCGAGUGUUGUCUGUGACUAUCAUGCGUGUUUUGUGGCUAUAACGGGAGAAACAAAUUGAUAUUAUACGUGUAUUUAAGACAAUCUGGAGUACACAGUGUUUAUUUUUGUCCAUUAUCUCUUCACAUUGAUAUAUUUGCACCAUGUCCAAGUCAGCGAGAUGGGACAAAGCGGACAGCGAGUCAAAAAAACUGCCGAUCUACAAACACAAAGACAAGCUGGUCGAGUCUGUCAGAAACAGCACUUUUCUGUUGGUCUCUGGUGAAACCGGCAGCGGGAAAACCACACAACUGCCACAGUAUCUGUAUCGAGCUGGUUUUUGUAAAAAUGGAAAAAUUGGCAUUACGCAGCCUCGCCGGGUGGCUGCCAUCACUGUGGCCCAAAGGGUCGCCCAGGAGAUGCAGUGCACCCUGGGUAGAGAAGUUGGUUAUCAAGUGCGCUUUGAUGACUGCACGUCACAGGAUACGGCGGUGAAGUAUAUGACAGACGGCUGUUUGCUCAGAGAGAUCUUGGCAGACCCUGGACUUUCUCAGUACAGCGUUGUAAUUUUGGAUGAGGUCCAUGAACGCAGCCUCAACACAGAUAUUCUUCUGGGUUUGAUGAAGAAAAAAUUCUCUAACCCAGCAAAAGCCACAGAUGGUCGAUCUUCUCCCCUGAAGGUGGUGGUGAUGUCGGCCACGUUGGAAAGUGACAAGCUUUCGGCCUUUCUUAACAAUUGUCCCAUGUUUACGAUUCCUGGGAGGACAUUCCCUGUGGACUGCAUGUUUGGUUCUUCUGUGGGGCCAAAAGACAUCGAAAGCACUGGUUAUGUAAAAGAGGUAGUGAAAAUGGCCCUUGAUGUGCACGCCAGUCAAAUGUCUGGUGAUAUUCUUGUGUUUUUGACAGGUCAGUCAGAGAUUGAGCGGGCUUGUGAUUUGCUGUUUGAAAAAGCCGAGUCCAUAGACUAUCGCUAUGAUGUAGAAGACCAGACUGUGGAGGGUCUUCUCAUUUUGCCCCUUUAUGGAUCCAUGCCCACUGAGCAACAAAGGCAGAUCUUUCAGCCACCACCUCCAAGAAUAAGAAAGUGUGUAGUGGCCACUAACAUUGCAGCAACAUCUCUGACCAUCAAUGGUAUAAAGUACAUCGUAGACAGUGGGUUUGUGAAGCAACUCAACCACAACUCUAGAGUGGGCAUGGAUAUUUUGGAAGUGGUGCCAAUAUCAAAGAGUGAGGCUCAGCAGAGAGCAGGCCGAGCUGGAAGAACCUCCGCAGGGAAAUGCUAUCGAAUCUAUACCAAGGAGUUUUGGGAAAAGUGCAUGCCUGAUUACACAGUUCCAGAACUCCAGAGGACAAGUCUGACAUCAGUGAUUCUCACACUCAAGUGCCUGGGAGUGCAUGAUGUCAUCAGGUUUCCUUACCUGGACUGUCCAGAAGAGAGGUUUAUUCUAGAAGCACUGAAACAGCUCUAUCAGUUUGAUGCAAUCGACAGAAGAGGAAGAGUGACAUCGCUGGGGGAGUUGAUGGUGGAGUUCCCACUACAACCAGGCCUCACCAGAGCCGUGCUCAAAGCUGCGUCGCUUGGCUGUCAGGACUUGCUGCUCCCCCUGGCUGCCAUGCUGUCUGUGGAGAACAUCUUCAUCAGGCCAGGCCACCCUGAGAAGCAGAAAGAGGCAGACGAAAAGCACAGAGGCCUUGCUACCAUAAGCGGCAGUACAAAUGACUUUGCUACACUUCUAAGUAUUUUUCAGUCUUGCAAAUCCAGUGACAGACCAUCAGCAUGGUGUAAAGAGAACUGGAUCCACUGGAGGGCGCUGAAGUCAGCCUUUAGUGUGGAGACUCAGCUGGGUGAGAUCCUCCUCCGCCUCCAAAAGAGAAGAGAUUUCCCUGUGGAAACAUAUGAUGGCAACAAGAGUGAAAUCCUCAGACGAUGCUUGUGCACAGGAUAUUUCACCAAUGUUGCCAGAAGGUCUAUGGGAACGAUGUUUUGCACAAUGGAUGGACACGGGUCUAUGGUUCACAUACAUCCAUCAUCAUCACUGUUUGACCAGGAAGCAGGGCUGAACUGGGUCAUCUUUCAUGAUGUGCUAGUGACCUCACGGGUGUACAUGAGGACUGUGUGUCCUAUUCGAUAUGAGUGGGUGAAGGACUUGUUGCCGAAACUUCACGAGGUGGAUGUCUAUGAACUGAGCAGCUUGGCAAGAGAAGAAGUGACUGAUGAAGAGAUGAUGAAAUGGGAGACCAAGGAAGCAGCCAAAAGACAACAAGAGGUUGCUGCUGAAGAAGUCACAAAGAAGCUUGAGAAGCGCAACAACGAAGCCACGAUCAGUGACGCUCGUGCUCGAUACCUGCAGCGAAAGCAACAAAGACAAAUACAAUAAAGCUUUUUUGACAAAAUUGUCAAAAUCUCAGAUGGUCAGCUGCAACCUGCAUCAAGAUGAGAAACGUGGAGCAUUUCGUGAAGUUACAUUUUGAUUGGGGCUUCACAAAUAAAGAAAUACUUUACAGCACCGCAUUAACUUUAGCAACAGGACUUGUGCAAGAAACUGUCUGGAAGAAUGAAUCACACAGACUUUUGUGGAGGAGGAAAUGGCUGGUAGUGGUCGACUGCACACCGUCGCUGGUUACAUCUGUGUUCUGUUGCUAUUCAAUAAUAAUACAUUAGAUAAUGAUAAAAGCGAUAUUUAUUUUUUAAAUCCAAAAAAAUCAGUUUAAACGUCAAAAUAAAAAAAAAUAAAGAUAGGUACAUACGAUUUACUAUUGUAAUGUCUGUCAUGGGUAUUAUGAAUAAAGCAGAUGAAAAAUUGUUAUUAAAUGUUGGGGAAGUGGA